UGCUUUAACUACUGCAACUACUACUACUACUACUACUACUACUACUACUACUACUACUACUACUACUACCGGCAUCAUGGCGGCCCACCAGCUCGUUGCUACCCUCAUCUUCAGACUUAUGUUGCCCCUCGUCUUAAGUAUAUGUGCGGUGUUACGGUUCAGCCUCAUGUCCCUCGCCUACCUGGUCAUGGUGAUGGUGGUGCCGCUGCUGCCCGCCCCGACCUUCUACACCAUGCGAGGACACACUGGUCGAUUCCUGAGGGUGUUGGUCGGUCUCAGCAUCGUCAACUUCCUCCUUCAGUUCACCUUCCAGAUCGUCCUGCUGUCCCUCCCCCCCUACGGCUCCUUCCUGACCCCCUGUGAGUUUCUCGAGACCCUGAUGAGGCACCUGGGCGUGGUGAGGCUGGACCAUGUGAGCGAGGAGGACGGGUCGCGCUGGCUGCUGCCCGAGUGCAUCCUGGUGGUGUUCUCGCCGGGCGUACUCGUGGCCUGCCUCAAGCUCACCACGCACGCCUCGCCGCACCUCCACCUCCCCGCCCACGACCCCGCCGCAGAGACACACAAGAACAUCGGGCUCAGGAUACUCAACGCCGUCGGCACUUACCUGGCGGUGGCCGUGAUCGGGGCGGCAGGCGUGAUGGUUCCCUCCCUCCCUUCUGCUAUCUACUUCCUCGUUUUCGUCGUCACCGCCACCUACUGCAGCCUCAACAACCCCCUGGGACGCCGCUUUGGGUACGUGUGUCGCGGCGUGAUGGUGGUGGCGGGCGUGCACGUGCUGAGUCUGUACGUUUACCAGACGCAGUGGGCGCAAGAGUACCUGCCGCCCGCCUCCCUCGCCGCCAGGCUGCUGGGGAUGACCGCCUUGGUGGGCACGGACUGCACGGACCCUCGCAGCGCGCCGCUCAGCACGGACGAGUGGUCGAGGUUCCUCAACCCGGUGCUGCUCCUCGUCCUGUAUUACGUCCUGUCCUUCGAGUCGCAGUUUCUUCUUUCCAAUAAGGCGGCGCUGCUGUCACCCGUGGGCUCCAGCGUGCGGUACCUCAUCCGGCGAAGCACGAUUCGAAGCCGCUCCAUCAAGUCGGGUCGCUCCUCCGCCUCUGAAGCCUCUCGAUCGCGCCGCACUUCCUUCACCCACCAGUCCCGCCGCCGCCUCCUGCCUGAGUCUCAAGAGGCAGGGGUGGCGGUAGGGGGCAGCAGUCUGGGCUCGGGUCUCGGCUUCGGCCAGGACUCGGACCCUAGCUGGGACGCCCCCCUGCCCUUGUGCCGCAACCCGUCGAUCCGAGACUCUGCCUGCAGCUAUAACACCACCUCAGCCCGCAGCCUCAGGUCCUCCUAUGGCCCCAAUGGCUCCCUUCCCUCCAAACUGUGUCCCAGGUCCUUCCAGAGCGAGGCGAGGAGUGAAAGGAGUGGCUGCCUGCUGUCGCCUCCACUGUCCUCCACCACCCAGCCUGAGGGAAGUGAGGGCACCCGCGUGGAGGGGGACGUGGAAGGCAGCAGCAAUGUGGGUGUUGAUAGUGGAGGAGCAGGAGUGGGAGGAGGAGGAGGGGAGAAGGGGGAGCCUGAGGAAGAGCACCCCCUGCAGAGGCUCAUCUACCCCCUCAUCAGUGUGUUCCAGCUGGUGAUUCGCUCCUCGUACAUCGCCACGAAUAUUGUCAUGAUGGCAUGGAGCAUCACGUACCACAGCUGGCUCACCUUCGUGCUGCUGUUGUGGGCGUGUGUUCUCUGGAUGAUCCCGAACCAGCGUGCCGCCAUGCUCCGCUGCUCCCCCUUCCUUGUCAUCUACGCCGAGCUGCUGUUAUUGAUUCAAUACAUCUACUGCAUGGACCUGACGGAGGAGGAGCUGCCUAGCCAGGUGGAGGCCGUCAACCUCAGUCAGAUUGGCCUUGUCAAGUACCCGACGCUGCCGUGCAAGCCCCUCAUGGUUAAGGUCCUGUACACCACCAUGUUCUGGCUCACGCUGCGGCAGUAUGUGCAGGAGGUGGUUGAGGUCACCAAGCGUGAGAUGUCCUCAGCAGCCGCCCUCCAGCCCUUCACCGUCGCCGUCAGCACCACCUCGUCUGGACAGCCCGUCACCACACUCAUCUCCUCCCAUGAUGAACAGACGUCGUCCCCGGUGAUGCAGCGCGUUGGCCAGUGGCUCCGCGGACUCUUGGUGAAGUUCUGGAUCUGGCUGGUGGCGAUCAUGCUCUUCAUCUUCGGCAUCCAGGGCUCCGAGGUGGUCAUCUUCCGCAUCAUGUACAUGGUCCUGUUCCUCAUCUUCACCAUCACCUUCCAACUGUCAUAUUCUGCUUGGCGCAACUUCCUGUACGGCUUUUGGCUGACGGUCAUCGUGUACCAGAUGGUUGUGUUGGUCCUCACGUACACGUACCAGUUUGACAACUUCCCGCAGUACUGGGAGAACUACACGCGCAUCCCCAUACAGCUGCAGAAGGACAUGGGGUUAGAGGUGUAUGACACAGGCCGCCUCUUCGUCCAACUCAUGACGCCCACGUUCUUCGUCAUCGUCACCAUCAUCCAGGUUCACUACUUCCACAAGGACUUCCUGGAACUCUCGGACAUCGAGCAAAAACCUGACCAACCCCCUGUGAAGGAAGCCCCAAAAGACCCCAAGAAACCCAAGCCUCCAGGACACAGUGCCCCAAACCUCCUGGAGUCCUGCACACUGGAGGAUAUCAGAGUGGCGUUGGAGCACUAUGGUCGGCGUCUCCUGGACUGGCUGCAGGCGGUCUUGGGGUCAGCCUUGGAGCUUGGGUGGCGCUUCCUCGAGAUCCACUUGAUGAAGAUUGUCCUUGGCUCGGUUAUAACGCUGGCCUGCUAUGAUGUGUGUCCCCUCCACUGGGCCUUUGCUAUCCUCGCCUCAGUGGCUGUCCCAUGCCCAGAGAGGAUCCAGACCGCCAUCUGCCGUACCUGUGUUGUCCUGUCGUCCUUCCUGCUCAUUGCACGGAUGAUCUACCAGAUUGACUACAUUGACCCGGAGGAGUGGGCGGCAGAUUGUUCAAUCUUCAACAAUGAGACAGCCAAACCAUAUCCUCUGAACACGACCGCAGACAACGCUGCGUGGACCGGCCUCACCAAGACGGACAACCUGCCUAAGUACCUCAAAGGAUACAUAGGCAUCAUCGUGGUCAUCACGGUGCAGGCCGUGGUGGGCAUCCGGCAGCAGUACCAGCGCAAGGUGACGGGCCUGCCCCCGCCUCCUCUGGGGGUCCUCUUCCCUAAUGUGACUCGUGCUGUGGCGGAUGACGGCAUUGUGGAAUGUCUUAAGUUUUUACUCAAUUAUGGCUUCUACAAAUUUGGUGUGGAGAUCUGCCUCAUGAGUCUGGUGGCGGUGAUUGGGACGCGGCUGGACGUCUACUCGCUGUUCUACGCCGCCUGGCUCUGUUACUUCUACAACCGAGAGCGCCGAGGCAUUGCCAGAGUGUGGAAGGGCUUCGUCAUCUUCAUCACCAUCCUCAUCCCUCUCCAGUACCUCAUGUGUGUCGGUAUUCCGCCCGGCAUAUGCACAGACUACCCGUGGGCUGGCGAGAUGGACCCAGAGCUGAGGGAGUGGCUCUUCUUCCCAGACUUUGUGAAGCCACCCGAGUCGUACAAGAUUGUCACCGACUUCUGCCUCCUUAUCUUCGCGGUGAGUCAGCAGCGCGUCUUUGAGAUAGAGUUUGCUGACGGGGCCGAGUCGUACGAGGGCGGCAGCAACAAGGAAAUCGUGCACGAGGACCAGGCCUCCCUCGUCAACCCCAUCCCAGACUUCGUUACCUAUGCCAGAAGUACAACAGGGAAAAAGAACUACUUGGACAUGGUGAAGGUGGUCAUCUUCUUCACCUCCUACUGGAUCACCCUCGCUGUCAUGUUCCUGGGCGGCACCAACAGAGUGACGCUCUUUGCCAUGGGCUAUGUCAUGGGCGCCUUCACCUUCCUGUGGCAGGGCAAUGAGUUCUACCUGCGGCCGCUGAACAUCAUCCUUCGGCUGUGGAAUCUCUUGCUGGGGUACAAUGUCGGGGUCAUUGUGGUGAAGACGUUCCUGCAGCUGCUGGGUUGUGUCUUCCUGGAGCCACUCGCCAUCCAUACUUGCUGGCUCGUGCAGCUCCUGGGCAUUGCCUGCGUCAAGAAGUUCGGAGACACUUCGGAUGAACAAAUUGUUGAAGCCCUGGCAGACCACUGUGCCGUCCCCAAGUCUGAGGCGGGACUCAUGUGGGAUGGAAUCUGCUUUGGCUUCCUCCUGAUGCAGCGGCGCCUCUUCUGCUCUUUUUACUUCCAACACCUGGUGACUGAGAUGAAGGCACAGACCAAGUUGGCCUCCAGGGGUGCUGAGUUGAUCGCUGAGCUGAUGCAAAAGGAGAUAGCUGAGCAACAGGCAGCCGAGAGGGAGGUGCUAAACAAGAUCAAGGAGAAGAUGGAGCGCAUCAAGGCAUCGCAGCAGCUUGUCCAGAACCAGCAGAUCCGGGAGCCAGCCAGCCAUUACGAGGCCAACACCUCGGAACAGUUUUCCAAUGUCUGUAGUCCCCUUCCCAUGGAGAUGACCUCGUCCCCUCCCCUGCCCCCCCCCGCAGGUGUGGAUGACGUGCACGGCCUGUCGUCCCCCCGCCCCCUGGCCGCCAGUGCCACCCCCGGGGCCCCCACCCCCUCCUCCGCUAAUCUCACCUUCUCCCUGGACGGCUACUUGGAGCCGACGCGCCUCUCCCUCACCACCCCCCACUUCUCCCACCAGCCCAUCACCUCCCCCUCAGAAGAAUCUUUCCCCUUCUUUUCCCCUCCUCCCUACCCUGCCCUGAGGGACCGCCAUGCCCCUACCCGGGCCUCUGCCCCUGCCACCCACGACAUUGGGCCCCCCUGGCUGAGGGAGCACCUGGCCUACCACCGCCCCUCCGUCUCCACAACAUCGCCGGCCAUGUCCCACCACACCUCUAUCCGCUCGGGUGACUACUACAUGUUUGAGGACUAUGGGGAGUAUGAUGGGCUGGAAAUACCCGAGGAACCAACACAAGAGGACACGCAGGGCUUGACAGUGUCCGAGUUGCUGAGUUCUGCGCUGAAGACAGACAUCGUUGAGGCGGCAGAGGAGGCUCGGACCGCGCGCCUCUCGGAGUCUGACGCGACGUCCCGCCGCUCCUCCUACGUGCGGCGGCCGGUCCGACGCACACUGUCUGGCCGCUCACAGGUGUCCAUGGCGUCUCGGACUUCUCGAACCACCUCCAGGAGCGUACGCAUUCACCCUCGGCCUCGCUCCCCCCCCGCUGUGCCCCACUCCCCUCCACCUUUACCGCUCUCCUCUCCCCCACGAAGGUCUCCCCUGGCAUCUGGUCGCCCACCCCCGCCCUCCACCCUGCCACCCUUGCCGCCAAUACCUCAGCUGGACGGCGGCUAUUUGGCGGAUGAUUCCACGGCACAUGAUUAUUCAGAGAUUGAACCUGCUGAGCCACAAGGCCUGGCCCCCAUCCUCCGUAAGAUUGUUCACUGGGCCAAGUUUGGGUGGGAGUUUUUGGAGUCACUGAUGAUCUCAGCGACACAGCUGCUCAACCGCCUCUCCAAAGACUACCGCUAUGUGGCAUGCUGCCUUUCUGAGGAGAAAAAGAGGCUCAAGGAGACAGAAGGCUUCAGGGUCAUGCCCGGGGCGCCGCCACUCCCGCCCCUUGCCACCACAGAAUGGUCAGACGUCCCCCUCAGCCAGAACGGGUACGGUGGUGGGCAGGAGCCUCUUGAGAUACGGGUAGAAAAAGCAAGUGAGGACAAAACAGACGACAGUGUGGACUUGGUGGACAUUGGAGAAACUGCCGAGAAAGACUUCAAGAAGGAGCAGCCGCCUCUCGUCAAGCUCAUCAUUGCUCUCUGGUACGCCAUGCUCUCCCGUUCCGAGUUGGUUUGCUAUAUCAUGAUCUUCGUCAACCAAAUCAAGUCCGCAAGUGUGCUGUCGCUGCCGCUGCCUUUCCUCGUGUUCCUCUGGGGCUCCCUCAGUGUGCCGCGCCCCACCAAGUCCUUCUGGAUCACCGUCAUCGCUUACACUGAGAUUAUUGUGGUGGUGAAGUACUUGUUCCAGUUUGACUUCUUCCCGUGGAACCAAGUGGAGCGCCUCAAUGCCCCCUUCUGGCCGCCGCGCAUCAUUGGCAUCGAGAAGAAGAACAGAUACGCCGUGUACGACUUGGCACUCCUGCUGGUGGUCUUCUUCCACAGGUUCAUGCUGAAGAGCCUCGGGCUGUGGAAGGAGACUUCUGACAUGACCCCCACAGUCACUGCCCGCACCUCCCCCGCCCACACCCCCACCUCCUCCCCAUCCUCCACCCCCCGGGGAGCCAGGAAAGGUGAUGAGUCAACUCUGUCUGCCCCAACCUCCAAGGAGGACGGGGAUGCAUCAACUCUAUCCUACACAAAGGACACUUCGCUGUUGUCUAAAGACACCCACGAGGAGGAGUCCCUCUUUUCUAAGGAUACUAAAGUCAGCAGUUCCCCAACCUCCAAGGAUUUCAAGGACAUUUCCCUCACCUCGACGGGCCACACUCGGGACAGCUCCCUCCCCACCACCCUGCGGGAGGCGUCUCUCACGUGGCAGGAGCAGGAGAGUUCCCUGCUGUUGAAUGCUAACGACGAGUCCUUGCCAUCCCGUGCCUCAGAGCCCCUGCCAGGAUCCUCCCCCUCACACUACCUGCCACUCUCAGAGGGCAGCCAGACACCCCUGGCAGACCCUGACUCUGACGUGGUGUACCGACAGCGAGCAGGGAGUGAAACAGCAGGCUACAGGAGGCCGUGGAUGCCUGGCCAGCAUGCACGGCACUCAUCCUUAGUGUCACAGGUGCCAGGUGGAGCAGAGACAACCAAGCCUCGCACCUCCUCCCUGGUGGUGCGUCCGGAGCACCGGCGCCACCUAUCGGAGGGGUCACGCGUCUCGUUCAGUCAGCGCGCGCCAUCCCUCACCUCCCACUGCACACACAUCUCCCAGCCCUCCCAGUCUGGUGCCUCAGACUCAGUGCAUGUGACCUGUGCUGCCUGUAACCUCCAGGCACUGAGGGACCUUCAGAAGCCUGACUUUGAGGAGGUGAAAGAAAACUUGCAGCAGCUGCCUAGGAUUGCCAGGGGAGGGGCAGAGAAGCAAGUCAGCAAGGUGCGCGGCUUCCUGGAUCGGCUGCUUCACCAGGAGUCACAGGUCUCCGUGGACGUGUACGCCUACAUGUUUUUCUGCGACUUCUUCAACUUUUUCGUUCUUAUUUUUGGAUUUGCAGCUUUUGGGACCCAGCAAGGGGACGGGGGGGUGCGGGCGUACCUGGAGGACAACCGCGUGCCCAUCCCCUUCCUGGUGAUGCUCAUCCUGCAGUUCGGUUUGAUCAUCGUGGACCGAGCGCUGUUCCUCAGGAAGUUCAUCUUGGGCAAACUGAUCUUCCAGGUCACUCUUACAUUUGGGAUUCAUAUCUGGAUGUUUUUCAUUCUACCUGCAGUGACAGAGAGGGAGUUCAAUGCUAAGCGGCCACCACAGAUCUGGUACAUGGUGAAGUGCCUCAACCUCCUCCUCUCAGCGUACCAGAUACGCUGCGGCUACCCGACCAGGAUCCUCGGGAACUUCCUCUGCAAGCAAUACAACUACCUUAACUACUUCUCAUUCAGGCUGUUCAUGACUGUGCCUUUCCUGUUUGAGCUGCGCACGCUGAUGGACUGGAUCUGGACCAACACAAGUAUGAGCAUCAGUGACUGGGUCAAGAUGGAGGACAUCUUCUCUCACAUCUUCAGACUCAAGUGUGAGCGUCGGGCAGAGAUUGAGUACCCACAGGGGCGAGGAGAGAGCAAGCGGAAGAUUAUCAAGUAUGGCAUGGGAGGCUGUGCCCUCUUUGGGGUCAUCGCCUUCAUUUGGUUCCCUCUGGUGCUGUUUGCUCUGAGCAACACGGUGGGACAGCCCAACCCGCCUUACGACGUCACGGUCCAGAUCACUGUGGGAGCCUACCAGCCCAUUUUCCGCAUGACGGCCCAGCAGCAAAGCCUCACGCAGUUCAGCCAGACGGACUGGUACUCCUUCAACUACCAUUACCGCACCGACCGCCAGGCCCAGACAUUCCUCAGCAACUAUGACUUCUCGGACGUGGUGAUGGCAGAGCUAAACGGCAACUCAACGGCCAUCUGGGGCAUAUCCCCGCCAGCACAGCAACGGCUGAUCAUGGAGCUUCAGAGCAACCACACCAUAAAGCUCAAGAUUGACUGGAUGAUAAAACGACCCUCGAAUGGCCCAGACAUAGCCUCCGAGUGCAAGGAUCAGACCGAGGUGAACCUCGAGGCAUACAAAGGUCAAGUGAGGAACCCGAUGAGGGAGCGGUUGGUGCGCAUCCUGGAGGGAGAACUGGAGCAAAACCCCGUCAUGAUCCCCAACCUGUUCCCAAAGUUCCUGAAGGUCACCAACAAGGGCCAGGCAGAAUAUGUGCCUCAGUUGGAAGAUAAAUCAAAGGGGUUCGUGGAUCUGCAGCUGACUCUGCAAAGCGCUGGAUUUGCAGAUUUGGCGUCAAGACAGGAGUGGUGGGAGGUGCAGGAGAACUGUGAGAACCGUUACUUUGACUGGCUGCCGCACCACAAACACUGCCGCUUCCUCACCAUCUACACCUUCAACGACAAGACCUUCCCCAAGGGCCUCAGCUUCAUCUCAGGUGGAGGCAUUGUGGGGAUGUACACCACGCUGGUGCUGGUCGCCGGGAAGAUGCUGCGUGGCUACUUCGCCGGCUCAGCCCUCAAGAUCAUGUUUGACGACUUGCCCAACGUUGACCGAAUAAUGCAGCUGUGCCUCGACAUCUACCUGGUGAGAGAAAGCAAUGAGUUAGAGCUGGAGGAGGACCUGUUUGCCAAGCUAGUCUUCCUCUUCCGCUCCCCCGAGACUCUCAUCAAGUGGACACGACCACCAGAAGAGGAGACCCCCGAGGGAGAGGAAGGAGACCCACAGCUGGAGUAAUCUGCCUUCGUCCUUUAUAUGCAUUCCUAUGGGCCCGUUUCCUUGUUAAGACACUACCUUAUGUGUCCUGAGGGCCCAAAACACGCACAAUAUUUUAGUGAACCCAGCUUCCCACAGCGUUAGGUAGUCCUGUGGAAGCGUUGGGAGGAUACUCAUUAUGUUUGUAUGGUGGAGAGUUUGCCAAUUGGUUGGUUAGGGAGGAGAAGAAUGAGCUGGUGCUUUAUCUGAAUCUCAACUGUGAUGAUGCUGGGUUAUGCCUUACAUGACAUUUCUGGCAAAGGGAUGGGGAGUGAGGAAUAAACAUUGAUGUGAAGCAGAACUUUGUGAUUUGGUGGGUAUGAGAGGUUGAGAGUGACUUGGAGCUUUGUUGGUUGUUGUAGAUUAUAGGAAGAAGGAAAAAUCCUUGUGAAAAUCAGCUUCAAAAGAAAUGUAGAAAGGAAAAAAAACACUGAAGCUUUACCCCCACCAGCGGGGGUAAUCACUUUUUGACUGGUGCGGAGGAUUGGUGCUGCCAUGCUAAGUGUUUUUAUCUCACUCUUGGGCACCACACGCCUGGCAGCUCUGUGGCGAGGGGUUUGACACUCAUCAAGCCCCAGCUUGGCCUUGGCCUGUUCCGAGGUUUGUGAUUAUCCAGUCCUUUUAAAUUUAGAUUUAAGAGAGAAAAAAAAAUAUAGUUCUCAAGUUUCACAUUGUUCAGUCUUUUAAUAUUUAUAUAAGAAAUAGGAAGUAAGUUGGUUGUAAAAAAUUAUUGCAAAGCAUUUUAACAAAAGAUUGUUCUAUUUGGCUUUAGAGAGGGAUACGGCUACACAAGUGACUUAUUAGAUUAUAAAAGGUGGCAAUAUUUAUUUACUAAAAAUUUAAAUAGAAAGUGGAAGGUAAGACGAUAGCAUAGGAAUGUAAUCAGCUUAUCCUAUGGCAGUAGUGUCGCCUGCAUAAACACAGCUUGGUACUACGACUGGGUCUGUUCCUGACUCCAGCGAUGCACCGGUGUAGCGAAGCAAGGCACUCCGGCCCAGACGCCGCGGCCUCAGUAUUACUCCAGGCAUGCUGUGUGUACUUAACAAGUGUAGAUAUUAGGUGUGUCUGAUAUUUCUUUUAAGGUUUUAAAGUGUCAGCAAAGAUGAUUGCUCUUUCAUACUCUGUAUCUUUCCUGUACUAUAUAAAAGUGUAACAACCUGUACACACUGUCUGUGAAAUGCCCAGCAAUUGUUUUUAUGCCUGCAAAGAUUUUCAGGACCUUAAGCUUGGAAUAUGUUGACAUCGGUGUAUACAUUGUGGUGUCAACACAAGAUUACAUUUACGUCUACAUUGGUACAUUAGUGGUAUUAGUAUUUAUAACAAAUAAGAAGCAUUUGUAUAUGAUUAAAUAUCCCCUGACUGAGGAAGCAGGUGAUGGUAGGGUGGAAUGCAGAGUUAUGGUUAUAAAUCUGUAAAUUAUAGACUCCAUGUUGUACAACUGUGUGCCAAGGUCUUGUGCACGUGUAACAAACUUUGGGUCUCUGAGUCUUGCACAUCAACUUAUACAGCAAACUUUUGUUCCUACAUCGUCCCAGUGACCACAGUGUGAAUAUGUGGAAAAGACAAAACUAGUCAUAAAUAACAUAAGCAGUGCUUUGUUGAAGACCUCUCCUUCAGGUCUUUGGGCCAACAGUGUGCUGGUGGGAGGCAAUCUGGCACAAAAAUCACUGAUAUGAGUUCUCAUGUUUCUUUGUGGCCUAAGUUUAUUAUGUAACCUCAUUUCCUCUAAACUGAAACAUUGAAACUACAAUGUUAAUAUAGCCUUCCUCCUUGCUACAUUAUUACUUUCCAUAAACUUGGCUUUAUUACCAAUGAACAACUUACAAGUCUUUAUCUGGCUUAUGGUUUAACAUUCUGAAAAUGGCAAGGCACACAGUGCCUUCAAGAAGAGUAAAACGGUGGAUAAUUCUAGUGAUAAUACACACCGGCAUUACUAUUGGCCUGUCAUGACACGGGUUCCUCCACAAUACUCUCCCCAGUUUUCUUGAAAGCCACACAACUAUUGCUGGCAGCAGGUGACUGGACAGUCUUCAUGUAAAAAGCUCUUAGCUUUAUAUAACCAACAUCACCAUAUGGUGUGGCAACCCUCGGUUGAUCAAAACUGUUUUAGAAGCUUUUCUUUCCUUGGUAAGGCAUGAUAAAUAAAUUAAAGUUUGUCAAGUGGACUUAUAAAUACACCAAGUUUCCAGAUCACACACCACACACAAAUCCAGAGUCCCAUGCCUGGGGUCCCCUGAUGAGGUGCGCCGAGUGAUCCUUCAGGUAUUCAUUGAGGCGGUCACUGAUUACUUAUUUACACGUGCAGUCAGCAGAGAUGAUAAGUGUUGUUGAUUGCUGAAUGCUCAAGUGUUGUCACUCACUAGUCACACUGUUAAGAUAACAGCAUUUCCAUCUGCAUAGUUGUGAGGCCUGAAAAUAGCUAAUUAUUACAGGAAUUUUUCAUGAGUGACAGACUGCUGUCUUGCAGAAAUAUGGAAUGCUUGCAAUUCUUGUGUGAGGAAUAAACACAAUGCAUCACCACUUGUGUUUAGUUGGCACGGUAUUCAAGCAAAAUGGACACUUAGCUGGCCAUUCAUUGAUCUUUGUAACAGUUCCACUAAAAGUGAAAAUCUCUCAUCCUACACUUGACAGAUUUCAUUCCUUAAUUAUUUUUGGUAUGUACAAAGAAUUCCCUUUUAAAUUCACAUUGGCAACACUAACUUUGACCAGUGCACUAAUUUUAUUUUUUGUUACUUGUGUAUAAAUUUGUUAAAUAAAUGUCUAGGCAAUGAGCAAGACACUCAUUGCCCGAAAUA